AUGGGCCCCUGUACCGCCUCCCCAUGCUGCUGCCAGGCCCGUAAUCUGCCAUGGGCCCCUGUACCGACUCCUCAUGCUGCUGCCAGGCCCGUAAUCUGUCAUGGGCCCCUGUACCGCCUCCUCAUGCUGCUGCCAGGUCCAGAGUGUGUCAUGGGUCCCUGUGUACGGCCUCCCAUUGCUGCUGUCUUCUAUCGCCACACUCUGCCAUGUGCCACUUUCAGGUCUCCUCACACUGCUGGUGGUUUCCAUUUUUGUCAUAGGGUGCUGUAUGGCCUCCCAUUGCUGCUGCCUCCACCGCCCCACACUUGUGGCUCCACACUCUGGUUUUGGCCCCCGUGACUGGCCCAAAUGAGUGAAGUGUGCGGUGAUUCUAAGAUCGACGGCACUCAUCUGCAUGUCAUACUGACUGACAGUAUUAUUUCUCUUCCCCAGCAGACUCCAAGGGCAUUUAAAUUAAAGGUACAGUGUUCUGCACUAAUAUUA